AUGGCAAGCUUGAAUGCAUACGCGCAAUCUUUGCGGAGUGACAAACCGGCCACAAAGCCCUAUGAGGAGGGUGUGCCAUUCUUCGUGCCUCAACUCUCCAAGGUCAAGACCAACGUCAUGUGCCAGGGCAAGACUGAGAAGCUUCUGUUCAAGUACGAGACUGACACCACCUACACAAGCCCAGUAUCUCCAAAGAAAAUCCCAUAUCGAAAGCAAGGCAACCGCAGUCUAUAUACCGAGGAAAAUCUGCUGAAGCGUCAAAAACUGAUGGAAGACCCGGGUGUACUUAAAGCCAUUGAACGGUUCUGGGUUACAUUUCCUUGUAUACGUCAAGGAGGCGAGACGAUCCCAAUGCAUGACUACGUGGACGUGUUCAUGAAGUUUUACAAAGCCUUGGUUACUCCCAGUGAGUUUUCCAUUGGUGAGGCACGGUACAUCGUAGAGAAGGACUGGGCAAAAGACUCCAUCGAUGGCGAGAGCAUGUCCAAACUGCUCUUCUUCGGGGCGCUAUUUGAAGUGGCCGACAUCUGGACCGUCGAUAUCGGCGCGGCAGAAUACGUCGCCUUUCUCAACAAGCUCUUCGAACGAGUGACUAUGGUCAUCUACGACCAUGUCAAGCUGCAGUGGAUCACGAUGUUUGCGGAGUUAGAUAAAAUCCGCUCGUUUGAUGAUCCAACCCCUCCCGACGAGGACUAUAGUACCCAGAAUUUCGAUAGUAACAAAAAGAUCGACGCAACGGGUCCAGAAUUUGAUGCGUCUCGGACACCACUUAUGAAGAAAGGGAAGACACGAUCGUCAAAUUCAUUGUUGUCACCACCCGACCCAGAGCCAACAGCACAGAACAAUGAACGUCUUCCACCUCUUACAUCCGCUCGUGGAGGGCAAACCGACAGUGAGAGCAACAGCGAAGACUGGGGAUCCUCGAUAAGUGACGAGUUCGAUCAUUCUUCUCGCUUCGAGCAAGGUCCAACCAAAACGAGGCUAGAACAAAUUCUGGAAGACAAGCGACUGAGAUACGAUGACGAUAUGCACAGUGAGUCUUCAAGGACUAGACUCCCACGCCUUCAUCUCCCCGAAGUCCCCUCGCAGCAGGUUUUACUUCCCAUUCCGAGCAUCUACUUGAAUCCUGACUUGACUCACGUGCACGAUGCAGAGCGUGCAGCGCGUAGGCGCCUUCGCGAGAAGGUCAGGAUGGUACAGCGACUUCGUCGUAUCACUUACUAA